AUGAUCGAGCCUACUGCAACCGUAUCGUCUCUGAGUCGCUCAGAUGGCUCAGCCCGAUACAAUUGCCCGGCAACCGGAUUUCAGAUUCUAGGCUCCGUCAAUGGCCCGGUUGAACUUCCUGGCCGUCGCGAUGCCCAGAAACCAGAGGAGGCCACUGUGGAGGUCUUGGUGAAGCCCGCAUCCGCCCAAAGCGCGGUUGGAGAGAGAUACGUGGAGGGCAUAUUGAAGACUCUUCUGGGGAAAAUUAUCCUGGGCCGAGAAAAGAGUUUUGCACGACGCGGGGUCGUCGUUACUCUCCUUAUGCUUGGGAGUUCUGGCGACGCGAAGGUUGGCAGAGGCGAAUCUUACCUCCCUGCACUCCCUGCCCUCCUCCACGCUGCCCUCCUCUCCCUCUUAUCAGCUGCUAUACCGUUGUCAAUGACCUAUGCCGCGACCAUCCUGGCUGUCAACGCUUCAAACGAGAUUAUCCGUGAACCUUCUCUAGACGACUGCGCCCAAGCCAAGUCACUACAUGUGCUUGCAUUUUCGUCAAAGGGGCAUCUUCUCUUAAACGAGAGCCAAGGUGCCUUUGAUUUCGAAACCUGGGAACAGGUCUAUGAGCAUGCCAUCACAAGUUGCCGGGAAGCGAAAGUUGCAAGCAAAGGCGGGGACAUCGCGAUGGAUGGAACAAAUACAUUAGAGGCGUUCAUUAGAGAGACAGUCGAGGAUAAGCUUUCGCGAGACUAUGCAUGGUCGGACAGUGCGGCUUGA